AUGCGCCGUGGAGGGGGUCCCAUCCAUCAUGGAGCCCCUAUACCUACCACGUUGGGGUUUGCGUUUCCAGCUUGCGUCACCGAAGCCCUCAUUCAGGUUUCCAAACACGUCCGUUUGUCGAGUCACGGUCGAAGUCGUCCCGCUCUGACGAAGAACAAUGAUCUCCAACUGCUUAUCGACAACGAAAUAUUCUGUCUUAGUGCGGAUCGGAAGGGUUCGCGACUUUCGCAACUCCAAGAAUUCACUCUCAUCAAUCAUCUCGCUCACUUUUUCACUGAAAGAGACGAGAUGAACAAGUACGCAUACUUUGAAGUUCUGUUUCUUGGAAGAGAGGGCGAGUCACAUGUACACGAGCUCAGACUUCGUAUUUUGUACCGAUUGGCGUCGUAUGCAUUGCAGUUUCCCGUUCUCCAAUUAUAUGCUCAGAUUUCUCUCUGGCUUUCGAAGGUAGGGAAUACCAAGCCGUAUGCUGAAGAACUAGUUGCGGUUCUAGCAGAACACUAUCUCAAGCCAAGCGAUUCGAAAAUCUACGAAUACCUCUUGCCACUUGAAACGUCCUGCCCAGAGUUCACCGUGUUCUUCGUUGUUUAUGCCACUCGGUUACUGCCAAUAAAUCGGCCAAUGGCGGCCGUUUUCGCUAGUUACAUCAACAGGAAUCCAGGAUACUUUCUCAAAGGAUUCAGAGAUUCUCCCCAUCUAGCUGAUAUUUUUCGAUCAGAGGUUUUCGAAAAAAUGCUAUCAUAUCUACUUGACAUGGACAGCGAACCUUCAUGUGAUCUUGAGGCUAUGAACUUUCACACAGCGGUAAUGGUACUGCUAGACAAAUGGAACACUACUAUCAAGAAGCCGCUCGACAUCAAUAUGCUCUUCGAUCCGGAAGUGCGAUGGUCUCGUUUUCGUUGCGACGCUCUAUGCAUUAUCGGUUCUAAAAGCUUGGCAGCUUGCAAAAUGGUUAUCAAUGUCCCGUCCCAUUACCAUGAUAUCCCGUCUUUCAUCUAUCAAUGUGGGACGAUGUUUCAUGAACCUCAACCGCCGUUUGUUCCAAGGCCGUCAAGUGGUGAAAGGACUUGGCUGGGAGAACUGAAGCCGCCGCGAGAAAAGUUUCCAAACGAGCCAUACAAGCCGAAAAAAGACGACAUAUACUCCUUUAUUGGAGCUGGUGUGGGCAUACUACUGACUGUUUUAGCCAUAACUUUCUACACUGAUCUUUUCGGGCAGAACAUCUUGAAUAAAGAUCAUGGUUCUAAAGGGCAUGCUCAUGGAACUAAGGCUGCCCCCGCAAAGGAUGAAGAAGAUGACGAAAAGCCGGAGCCAGUUGCUGAAAAAUCAGAGCCGAGAGAGCCCGAAGGGGAAACCCAGCCAUCUGAAAGUCAGUCCGAAGCUUUCUCCUCACCAAGCAGUAUGGAAAAAGAAACACCGCCGCCAACUACAAAGCGUCAAGAGAAGGCUCGGGAUAGUCACAAGGAAGAGGAUUCGUUGCACAAGCAUGUAGAGGCGAAACACAAAGAUGCCAAUGCUCAAGGACGGCAAGCACUCUGA